UGUGAGGGGCGGCUGAUUGUCCAUCAUGACGUCCUUGUAGAGAUCCUUGUGUCCUUCUAAAUACUCCCACUCCUCCAUGGAGAGAAAUAGACAGUGACACCCUGACACCUUAUAGGAACCUGACACACACAAUGAUACAGUCACCAUCCAGACACAUCCCUUGUCUGUUACUGGAGAAUGUCCCAGAAUUCCCGGCACCGCUCACCUCUCCUGUCAGCAGCUCCAUCAUCUUCUUGGUGACUUCUAGAAUCUUCUGCAUAAUCCUCCUCACCUCUCCGGUCAGCAGGUAGAUGAUCUCCAGGGUGAGGUUUAGUAUCUUCUCAGUCAUGUGACUCCGGUCCUCCUCCAUCCUCAUUGGUGCCAUCAU